AGUCAUUUCCUCAAAGGGACAUGCGCAGUUGAACGUUUGCCUUCCGGAUUGAAGCGAAGUGGGCGGUUUGCUAAUCGGAAGCGGUCUUAAAUUUUAUACCUGGAAAGAGGUAAUCCCUGAUGCUAACAUGGCCGACGAGGAAGAAGACCCACCUUUUGAAGAAGAUACUGAAGACGCUGGAGGAGGCCCAGAUGGUGGACAGGGAAAAAGGAAGCGGUUAUUCUCCAAAGAAUUGAGAUGUAUGAUGUAUGGAUUUGGAGAUGAUCAGAAUCCUUACACAGAGUCUGUGGAUAUUCUUGAAGAUCUAGUCAUAGAAUUCAUCACAGAAAUGACCCACAAAGCAAUGUCGAUUGGACGACAAGGUCGAGUACAGGUCGAAGAUAUUGUCUUCUUGAUUCGUAAAGACCCACGAAAAUUUGCUCGUGUGAAGGACUUGUUAACAAUGAAUGAAGAACUAAAACGGGCUCGAAAAGCAUUUGAUGAAGCAAACUAUGGUUCUUGAGGCCUUUUUUGAACUCAUCUCACGAUUCACCCUUUGAUUCAUCUCAUUUUUUGAGUCUAUAAAAGGAAGCUCUAUUUCAGAACAUUGCUGCACAUUGAAAUAGAUUUAAUUGUGGACUUUCUAAAGAGAUUCUUUGUAUUGUACUGUUUGUUUUUAAAACAAAAUGCUAAACUAUUCUUGGACAUUAUUCCCUAUUAUAUCUUGAAUUGUUUAGACUGCAACCAUUUGAGUGUCAUAAGUGUUAUUAAAAAUUUCUAAGGGCUCUAUAGCUAUUAUCUUUUACCUCUAUCCCAUCAAAUUUAGUUUAAAAAGCCAUGCUCAUAAAUCUCUAUUUUUAAAUCAGGGGUGUCAAACUGGCGACCCAUGGGCCGGAUGCAUCAUGUGCAAGCCACACCCAUCCCAGCUCAACAAAGACAAAAAACAUGUCAGGUGACACGAUCAAGUUUGAUACCCAUGUUUUAAAUGGAUCUUUUUCUCCAUGCUUCAUUUACAGAAAGAUAACCUCUUUCACAGAUGAGUACAAAUAUUAAUGAGUAGGAAUAGUUUAGUUUGACAGAGCUAAUGUGUCAGAAGGACAUGGAACAAAUGGUACUAAAUCACUAGGUCAAAUAAUUAUUUAAUCCACCAAAAGCAUUAACCAUAAUUUCAAAACAAUGAGGUUCCUUCUACAAUGGUAAUCUGCAGAAAUAUUUUGGGUGCUGUGUGUUUAUCAGUCACUUUGCAUUAAAAUGAAACAAUAUAAAUUUAUGCAUUAUGUCAGUGAUAAUUGCUGGAUCAUCAAGGCUGAGUCGUCUAUAUGGAUAGCAAUUUAAAAGAAAAUACAAGAACUUGGACUUCUGGUGAAGACGUAUAGUACAUUAAACACCUCUGAAAGAAUGAAGAGUGCAGCAACAAUGUGGCCAGACCGUAAAUUCCAGCAA